AGAAAAAGAGUGAAAAUUUCAAAACUUUGCAUCAGAAAUCAGAGGAAGGAGAAGAAAACACGAAAGAUGUGCGGAGAUAUUGGUUCCGCAAGGAAGAUGAGGAAUCCAUAAAGUAAGCAGGAGAAAGGGUUGGAGAAGAAAAUGGAGAAAUCAAUGGAAGGAUCCGUUGCCGCGCCGAUUAUAUUCCUUAUCGUCGUCGCCGUUCAGUACCUUUCCCGUUAUGUCGAACUCAAUACCAGUAGAGUUGCUGUAAAUGCUGAGGAGCUGAAGUUGCGUGCAGAAAUUAAGCAGCUGCAAAAGGAAGCGAAUGCCAUGUCACAGCCUUCAACAUUUGCACAAGCUGCCAAACUAAGGAGGACGGCAGCAGCCAAGGAGCAGGAGCUUGCAAAAAAUCAAGAAAAGCUCAUGAAAGAGAUGAAAUCGUCAUAUGAUAAAAACAGAAAGGCCCUAAUGGUUGUAAAGAUCUUGACUUACUUCUUGAUGAUUAUCUGGUUUUGGCGUAUCCCUGUAGCUUCCAUACCUAAGCAGCUCCUGCAACCAUUCGGUAGGAUAUUGUCUUGGCAAUCUGGAGGUCCAUCGAAUGAAAAUGUGAUGGUGGGAGUCAUUCCAUGGUUAAUAUUGUCCACUAGAGUCAGCAAACUUAUCUGCCGGAAAAUAUUCAAAUAGGAGAGUAAGGCUCUAGAUACACAUCAAUCGAAAAGAGCCAAGAUGGCCAGUCUACUGAUGUGUAUUUAUUUGAUUGCAAUUAAUAUUCACAUCGAUCUAUAGAUGAAAUUUUGUCCUGAACGAGUCGAAUAAUACUGUAUCAUUUUUGACAAGAUA